CACCCGCAGCCACAUCCCCAGUUGUGACCAGCUCCUCACACACAGCCCUGUUCCCAGUACAGCCCAGUGCCCCCAGUUCAGACCAGCACCUGCCACUUGCUUUCUCUCAGUCAUCCCAGUGUCCCAUGGACAGCACUCCCUGUUCCAGGCACUCCCAGUUUAUUCCAGUGCCUCACAUGCCUGCAGCCAGCACCUUCCAGCUCAGCCCAGUGCCCCCAGCAUAGCCCAGCACCCCCAGUUCAGCCCCGGACCCAGACAGUGCUUGGUGGCCCCAGCCCUGGAUCCCUCUGCAGGGGCUGCUGGAUCCUGGACCACCCAAUGCUGUUAUUUGGCCGCUGUGGGUCAUUUGUGGGCUUUUAGCCAGUUCAGUCAUUAACUCCAGAACUUUCUUGAGAGCUGGUAACAAAGACCAGCGAGGGCUCAUCAUCUCCCCCAUGCCCAGACCCCCCUCCCCCUCCAGGUUAUCAUCUUCAUGGAAAGAGUGGACAGGCACUGGAACUGCCCAGGGCAGUGGUGGAAUCACAAUCCCUGGAAGUAUUCAAAAAACAUGUGGAUGUGGCAUUUUGGGACAGGGUUUAGUGGUGGGCUUGACAGUGUUGGUUUAAUCUAACACCUUGGAGUGUGUCUUUGAAUAGGAAUUUUUCUAAGUGAGCUCAGUCUGCCAUGACUCUUCUCAUGACACUUUCCCUGCUUUUUUUUCCACAUCAGCAACUUUCUAGUAGCAACAGGGAAGAAAAGAAGAGCUCCAUAAAGCAGUAUUAAACAAGGAGGCUCAUUGGUAAUUAUAGUGGGAAUGGAGAUAAAGGAACACUGGGUAAAGCCUGCUGCAAAUGCCUCUUUGGGACAUUUCAAACAAUUUUUUGAAAUAACAUUUCUGCCUUUCUGGAGCUAAGUACACACGUGCCGCACACUGAGCAGAAGGCUAAAUUAAUUGGGAAAACAAAGGUAAUUUGUUGUGGGUUGGAAUGAGGCCAUGGAUGCUUUUUCCCUAGUGGGAGAGGAACUGAUAACCUCUCCUGGGUUUGCCAUGGACAAAAGAUGGGAUGCAGGAGCUUAAUGUGCAUCUCCACCCUCCCUGUGCCAGCCUGGGUACCACUGAGGGUGGAUUCGCAGGUGGAGAAUCUCUCUGUCUUCCCUUCCAGUCCCUCUCCAUUCUUCCACCAUCUGGCAGUAGAUUGUUUCCAUCAGAGCUGCCAAAUCCAGCAUGUCAAUAUUGCAGAUGAAUGAUUGCAGAGGGCUUUUCCAACCUUAAUGAUUCUGUGACACCAGGGUGCCUGCAGGGGAGCAGCUUUGGAAAUCAGACCUGUGGGCUCCCCAUGCUCAUGGAAAGGCUGGCUUGAGCUUGUUGCUCAUGUUCCCUUCACAGCUCUGAUGCACCCUGCCUCAUGGUUUCCAUGCUUUUACUCCUGCCUCUGGAUUAGGAAGGGUGACAUUACUCCCCUGGCAGCAGUCUUCGUGCCUUCAUAUUUUUUUGUGUUUAAUCGAGAUUAGAAGUUAUCAGCAUUUCUAUUUGAGGAUGCCCUGGGGUUUAUGCAAAUUCUUCUGUAUUUUAUUGCAUUACUUAGAUGCUUGGACACUCUGAGAUAUCCCCACUCUGGGGGUUUUGCUCUGCAGUCCCCCCAGGGACACAGGACAGAGGUGGGUGGCUGAAGAGGGAGAUGAGCAGCCCCAGCAGGGUGUAAUCUGCAGGGCCAUUCUGCACAAGGCCAGCGAUAACAAUUGAGCAAGAGAAGGCGAUGCUGAGGGGACAGAGUUGUCCUGGGGUGAUUAAAGACCAGUCGUGUUAUCACAGCAGAGCACUCCUUGUACACCAGCACUGGGCUGUCAUGUUAAAAUUUCAGUGUGACUGCUUCAAAAUAUAAUUUUACUUUCUUAAAUAAUAAAUUAUAGGCCUAUCUGUCAUUCCCAGCUCUUGGACAUUUAGUUGUAGUUAGCCUUGUCAUUUAAAGCAAUGAUUGCAAGUUCUUCAAGCUCUAAUAGGAAAUUAAAGAGUAAAGCCACGAUUUAGACUCCACUUUCCAGACUUUCAAAAUGUAAUAUGCCUCAGAUAUUUCAGAGUUAGAGCAGAUAUAUGUCCCCCCCUUAUCCACAGCAUUCUCCUUGAGGGGAAGGCAAUUCCUGUGGAUAAUACAGGCCCAUGGGGAAAGUUAUCCCUGAUCUCACAGUGAUGCCAUUCAAUUGGAUUUACAAUCAGGUCUGUUGGAAAUUAGAAUACCACUUUUACAAUUAGCUAACAGGUCUGUUGCUUGCUUCUGCUGUUUAAAAUGAGAAACUCUGGUAGCUAGCUUUUGGAACAGAUUUUAGAUUUAAAGAGACCUACAUCAAUUUAAAAAAAAAUCCCCUUUGGUGAUUUUCUGACAAAGAUUCAUGACGUGCCCAAGGGUGGACAUUCUGCAGUGGAGCUGUGGAGCAUCACGAGAAGCAGCAGUAAGAGAGGAAGACAGGUUGGAUGGGGCUUCCCAGAGGACAUGUCUUCACUAGUGGCCCUGUGACACAGGAACAGCAGCAGUCAUGUUGUCCAGUUCCUUGCAUUCCUGAGGCCAGGACCCCCUUGUCUCACUACCCUAUGGGUAGCUGGAGCAUUGUAAGGAGGAAUUUGGCUGAAACGUUCAUGCAAAGCCGGGCCAUUUUCCAUGUCACGUUGUGUUGAGGAUCAGACUUCUCCCACCGGAUUUGUUCCUGAGAAGUUCCCACAACAAUGCCCAGCACAGCCCUGAUCCUGAGUGAGCAAUGAGCUCCUUCUAGCAAACCACUGUCACCUUUUGGCUGCUCUGGCUUUUGAGAUAGUGCAGAAGUAACUCUCAGAAAAGGAAUUCAAAUUCCAUAAUGAUUUCAGUCAUGAUGAAUCCUCCUGUGCAGACAUCACUCUGUGUGCCCACAAACCUUAAUCCUGCAGUCACAGAGGAGCAAUGCCCAGGUUACGCAGGAUAGGAAGGAGUCCUGAUGGUCUGUGCCUUAUCCCUGUGUUUAUCUGGGUCACAGCUUGGUUGAGUAACCCCUGAUUAAAAGCACUCUCACUGAGGAGAGCUUGGAGCACUGCCAUGCAACACGACGUGCAAGAGGCAGCACUUUGGGGAGGAGACAAAAACAUUAUGUAAAUGGAUAUUUCACAACAGCAUCUGUAUUUUCAAAGUAAAUUUUCUAUGGGAAAACUGCAAGUUUUGGAAAUGUAUGUAGCAAGGGAUGAUGAAUACAGCCUUUCUUGGUCCUGCCAUCCAUUUAAGUUGUAUAAAUUUAAUACCAUGUUGUCCGUGGCCUAACUCUGCCUAUGCUGUCAGUGGCACUUUUAACUGGAGACUGCUCUGCAUCUGUGUAGCCAGAGUGAGUUCUGGGUUUUCAGGGGAUAUGUAUGGCACUAUCAAAGGGAAGGUAUACAAAGAGCCCUCUGAUAAUAUUCCCUGUGGUAAAACAAUUGUCGCCCUUAUGUCUCAGAUGAGUCCGCUUUCAUAUCCCCUUUUAAAGUGAGUGAAUUACCCAGCCUGUGGUCAGGAGGACUGAGGAGGAGCUGUGGCACUGAACACAAUCUGAAAUUAAAUCCCAGAGGAGUUGUUGGCCUCCACAGAGGGGAUGAUAAUUCAAGAUCCCCAAACCCAGCCAGGCUUGCAGACUCAGAGGCCCCAAGUGUUUUGUGCCUGCCUUUUGGGAAAGCCCCAGGUUUAUUCUAGUUUGUGUGACAGAUGGCAUGCAGAGAAGCUUAAAUUAGAGCCCAGUGCAGAGUAUAAGGGGUGGGUCAGAGUCCUUCUGCAAGUGCCAUUUGCCUCAGCAAAGUGGGGACACCAGAGGAUACAGAAGUUGCGGUCUGCCCCCAUCCCUGGUUCUGACCCUACCACUGGUUCAUUCCCACCUGAGCCCAGGAUGCAGUGGCAGAGGCACAGCCCCAGGAAAGUGGUGUCUCUUUGUUUAUGGAUCAACUCCUCCAGGCUGUGGAGUCUACCCAGAGAGGAGAGACCUCUCUCUGACCAUGUGACAGCACAGAAGAGAUCCCUGCCAUACACACACGCACGGGUGCCACCUCAAAGCCAGCAGCUUUCCAGCAGCGCAGCACAGCUCCCUGUGGCUCCUGAGGGGCUGCAAGGCCAGUGCACACUCCUGUGGGACACCUGUGCUUCAGCACAGGUAUCCAUGGGCUGCACAUGCCCCAAUCCAUGCACCACCCAAGGAUCAUUAGAUCCCUAGAAGGGCUUUCCCUUUAGCAGGAUGACCAUGGCUGGGGAACACCCUCUGUGGUGGUGGGUAGUGCUGCUGUGAAAUGCAGACACAUCUCUGACUGAGACACACCAACCUUCUCCACACAAGUGUGCAGGGCUGCUUGGGCAGAGAACAUUAUCUGACCCCUCUGACUGUACCAGCUGUGCACAGCUGCCAGCUCUCAGUGCUGAUGUCUGAGGCUGCUGAAGUUUAUCAGCGUGGCAAAGAGAUUUACCUCUGCUUUAUGUGCUGGCAGGAUAUUUACUCCCAGAGGUUCUGCAGCAACCAUCUCCAGUAGGGUAUUUCUUUGACACUUUGCCCACUUACCUGUGAUUACAGAUCUGUGCUGGUCUUCAUUUUGCUUGUUUGGUCCUUCACCCACCCAGGGCCCAUGCCCUGAUGGUACCAGCCAUCUGCUGUAGGACCAGGAGCUCUUGUGCAUGUCCAGCACAUAGCACAACACAGCCCGCACUAACUGGAGUGCUGAGGGCUAUUUUACAGUGCAGGGAACAAUUAACAGUAAGAUCACACAGUUAGAAAUCAAAGAUGUGCAGUCUGAGGAUUAUAAAAAAAGAAAUCUGACUGGGCUUUCUCGCACACACACUUUUUUCUAGCACAUACACUUUUUUCUAGCAUCAUACUCAAUUUCACAAACUCUCUAUUCCUGUAUCCAAAGUAGUCCUUACUACCAGUGCUGUCACAGGCAGCAAUUGUAAAGUGAGUCCCUAAUUCUUUGCAAGAGGCUGGCAAAGUGCAGAAUCUGCACUUACUCUUAAAAAAUCAGAAUUUCAUUUCUCCUCUGAACUGCACUACAGAUCUCCCAGCCUGUCCCUACGACUAUCUACAAAGCAUUUUAUGUGAAAUAUUGCACAUUGUGCAGCCACAUAUACUGGAAGUGGCUGGGUCAGAAAGGCCCAGAGUCUUGUGUUCACAUCUGUGAACCAAGGGAGGAAAUGCAGGCUCCUCUCCAGGCUCCUUAGCGUGCUGCAGUCCACGCGCUUCUCAGCUUAGACGUGUGUCCUAAUGCUUCAUCACUGGAAUUUUGCAGCAUUAUCUCUCUGUUCAUGUAUCAAUACGUGUCCAGACAAUUUCUUUGGACCACACAGCUGUUAGGUUAAGAAGCAAGAAGCUGAUAAGGCCAGCAGGCAAGGAGGACAGUGUGCUGACCCUUGCCAAUGUAGCCAUUGCUUCUCAGGAGAUAAGUGUCCCCCACUGCACAGCGGGCCUCUGGAGUGACCAAUGAGUGUCGGCAGGCACCGGGGUCUGCUCCCCCCUUCCCCUUUAUAACCAGGGCUGCCAGGGUGGUGAGUCCAAACCUGCUCUGAGCGGUCACUGCAAAGGGACAGAGCCAGCACCUCCUGCACAAUGACGCUGACCCAAGCCGAGAAAGCCGCCGUGGUCACCGUCUGGGCCAAGGUGGCCACCCAAGCUGAUGCCAUUGGGGCAGAAUCACUGGAGAGGCUUUUCUUGAGCUACCCCCAGACAAAAACCUACUUCCCUCACUUCGAUCUGAGCCAAGGCUCAGCUCAGCUCCGUGGCCACGGCUCCAAGGUCAUGAAUGCCAUCGGGGAAGCUGUGAAGCACAUUGAUGACAUCCGAAAGGCUUUGGCCAAGCUCAGUGAGCUGCAUGCUUACAUCCUCAGGGUGGACCCCGUGAACUUCAAGCUGCUUUCCCACUGUAUCCUGUGCUCCGUGGCUGCCCACUAUCCCCGUGACUUCACCCCAGAAGUUCAUGCUGCGUGGGACAAGUUCCUGUCCAGUGUUUCCUCUGUUCUGACAGAGAAGUACAGAUAAAUGACCUCAACAGAGGGUGAGGAGGCCCAUCCACAGCCCAGCCCUGCUGCCAGGCUCUGGGAUAUCACCCCUUCCUGGGCAGCUCUUUAAAUCCCUGCUGCAGGGUCUCGGUCAUCUGCAAAACCAAAUAAAUAAUUCAAAUGUGA